AUGCAGCUGUCGGACUUGCUGACCUGGUUUCAUGCCAACCUGCUAGCCUCAUUUUCCACUUUGGCGAGCAUCGUCCUGGCCAGCUUUGUCCUCGUGGCUGUCAAACGGCGGUAUUUUACUUCACUGAGGGACAUCCCGGGGCCAUGGCUCGCCUCCGUGUCCAGCCUCUGGCAGGUCUAUCAGCUUAUCAAGGGCCACACCGAGCAGGAAAUGAUUCGAUUACAUCGGAAACAUGGUCACUUCGUCCGGAUUUCCGAGAACGAAGUUAGCGUCUGUCACCCAGAUGCCAUACGGUUACUGCUCCAAGCAAAUCUUGCCAAGGGCUCCUGGUAUUCAAUUUUCAGUCUCCCCGACUAUCACUACGUGAACCAGAUGUCUGAGUUGAACCCCCAGCGUCACAUCCACAAGUCGCGGAACAUAGCAGCAGGCUACGCGUUGUCCAACAUCAUCAAAUCCGAGCCACAGGUGGACGCUCUCCUCGUUCGCCUGGAAGAGCAGUUGGACCGGUCGAUCGCCUCCGGGCAGCCUGUCGAGUUCGACCGAUGGUUCAACUACUUUGCCUUCGACGUGGUCGGCGAGGUGACCUUCUCCAGUCCGUUCGACUUCCUGGCGACGGGCACCGACAUCCGCCACGCCAUCGCCAACAGCCGCGCGCUGGCCCUCUACAUCGCCAUCAUGGGCCAUUACGUCUGGCUGCAUAACCUCACGCUAGGCAACCCGCUGCUUAGCCACCUGGGCCUGCAGCCCACCUCCCACAUCUUUGACACCUGUCUGGCGGCCAUCGACCACCGACAACGCCAGAGCCAGGCAAAGACUCCUGCUCAUACGCCGCCUCCCGCGGCUCCUCCACGCCUCGACAUGAUGGAGCGGUGGCUGACCACACGCCAGCAGCACCCGGAACGGAUGGCCGAGUCGGAGAUCAUGGGCGCCUGCGUAGCCAAUGUCGGCGCCGGCGCCGAUACCACCAGUGCCACCCUGCAGGCGUUUGUCUACCACCUGAUCCGUCAUCCGCAGUACCUGGCCAGAUUGCGCCAGGAACUCGACGAGGCGCAGGCGCGCGGCGAGCUGAGUCCCAUCGUCUCGUACGCGGAGGCUACCAAGCUGCCUUAUCUCCAGGCUUGCAUUCGGGAAACAUAUCGCUACCAUCCAGCCACCGGGACUGGACUGCCGCGUGUUGUGCCCGCGGGUGGAAUCACCAUCGCGGACAGGCAUUUCAGUGAGGGGACCCUCUUAAGCAUCAACCCGUGGGUGUACCACCGCAACGCCAAAUUCUUCGGCCCGGACUGUGAUGAAUUUAACCCCGAACGGUGGCUCGAUGUGGAUCGGGCGAAGCAGAUGGAUCCGUUUUUGAUCCACUGGAGCGCAGGGUACAACCAAUGUCCCGGUCGCAACCUCGCGCACUUCGAGAUUUCCAAGGUCGCGGCCUGUCUCGUCCGGGAUUAUGAGAUUGCGCAGGUCGACUCGGAUGCGCCGUGGCGGUUCGAGACCCAUUUUACCGCGGUGCCGUAUGGCUGGCCAUGUUGGUUGCGGCGGAGGGCUGUUGGGAAGUGA